GUUCAAAGACCGAUAAUAUAAGAUCGACGGGAUGAACGGUAUCUCAGCUCAGCAUGUAAAAGCAAACUAAACAGCUUUCAAAAUGGCUUUAAAACAUGUUAUAUUAAUCUUAGGUGUUGCGAUAUCAUUACAUUUUGUAUCAGGGAGUAAUAAAGGCUUGAUUUGUUCAUGUAACGAAGAGGAUUGCUUGAAGACGAACAACUCAUGUGUCAUCGAGACGGAUCAUGGCAUAUGUGUGUUCAGGUUGACCCGUGGCAAGUCUCAAGAAGAGAUGCGAUUCUUGAUGUGUGAGAAUGAGCCCCACGGUCCUCAAGAGAGGCUAUUCUCGUGCGAGAAUCCACCGCCUUCCCCCCAGUAUGUGUCAGUCUGUUGCACAGAAUCUAAUUACUGCAACGGUGUUAGAUGGAAAGAUACACAUCUGAAUCCGAUGGACCCCUUGGAUCCACCACCAGACCAAUGCAGGCAGGUUCCGCAGCGAGGACCGUGCAACAUGCAGGAGAGGCGUUACUUCUACAACGUAACGAGCUCUAGCUGUCAGGAAUUCAGCUACGGUGGGUGUGAUGGCAAUGACAACCGCUUCAUGGAUCAGGAAUCAUGCAUGGAUGCAUGUAAAGAUUACCGGCCUGGGGGACCUCAGUCAGAAAUCAGCAUUGCUGGUGUGGCGGCGCUCGUGGCAGGACCCAUCUGUUUGAUCUGUAUAUUAGUGACAAUCUACCUCCUGCUUAGACAGAGCCCAGGAUGCAGGGAUGAUGGUCAUGAUCCGAUAGAGAAUCAUGGAUCCAAGGACAAGCUUAUCCAAUCUAGCAAUCUCCGUGAUCUGGUGGAUCCAACAACAUCUGGAUCAGGGUCAGGCUUACCCCUGCUGGUCCAGCGUACCAUCGCCCGUCAGAUCGUCAUUCAGGACUGCAUCGGUAAGGGGCGGUACGGUGAGGUUUACCGGGGUAAAUGGCGGGGCGAGUCGGUCGCCGUGAAGAUCUUCAGCUCUCGGGAGGAGCGGUCAUGGUUCCGUGAAGCAGAGAUCUACCAGACAGUGAUGCUGCGUCAUGAGAACAUCCUGGGCUUCAUUGCUGCAGAUAAUAAAGAUAAUGGAACAUGGACCCAGCUGAUCCUGGUGAGUGAUUACCAUGAAAACGGUUCCCUCUUUGACUACCUGAACUCCCACGUGAUUGAUGUACCAGGGAUGCUGAGGAUGGCUCUGUCCAUCGCUACUGGGCUGGCUCAUCUACACAUGGAGAUCAUGGGCAUGCAAGGUAAACCAGCCAUUGCCCACCGAGACAUCAAGUCCAAGAACAUCUUGGUCAAACGUAAUGGCCAGUGUGCCAUAGCUGACUUGGGGCUAGCGGUCAGACAUGACUCUGUGACAGAUACGGUGGACAUCUUCCCCAACAAUCGCAUAGGCACAAAGCGCUACAUGGCCCCCGAGGUAUUGGAUGACACCAUCAACAUGAACCACUUUGACUCCUUCAAGAGGGCUGAUGUCUACUCCUUUGGAUUGGUUCUCUGGGAGAUUGGAAGAAGAUGUCAAGUAUUUGGUAUCUAUGAAGAGUUUUGUCUACCAUACCACCCCUGGGUACCAAUGGACCCUCCCAUUGAUGAUAUGAGGAGGAUAGUGUGUAUUGAGAAGAGGAGACCACCGGUUCCUAACAGAUGGAACAGUCAUAAGAUCAUGGAAUCUUAUGCCAAGGUGAUGAAGGAGUGCUGGUAUCAGAACGGAGCUGCCCGUCUCACCGCACUCCGCAUCAAGAAGACCCUGGCUGGUCUGAUGGGACCUUCCGAACCAGAGGUCCUACUCCCACCGGCAAACAUGCAGAAUACCUGUGACGCCUCGCAGAGCGGGGACGACCUCAAGGGGAGGCUACCCCCCUCGGCCAUCAUCCCUACCUCGCAUCCUCCCAAUGUUCCUAACCCCUACCCCAUCCUCAGCUAGUGGGGGGUCCAUCCAACCGGCAACCCUCUUGGAGUCUUGGUGAAGGAUAUCCGCAACGAAGGAAAGAGAGCUUUCCCUAGCAUGCAGACAUUGGAGGUGUGUUGUAGGACUCUAUGUUUUCAAACGUAAGAACUGUGCAAGUCACCGUAAAGAGAACAUGGGGAAGGAGACAGUGAAUCCAUUAUAUCAUUAAAGUGCACCUAACAAACAAGCGUCAAAGUACAGUUUUUCGUGUGCACUUUACGGGCAAGGGUGUGGAGAGAACUACAACCAAUGUCCUCAUAACAGAUCACUAACAUUCUGUGAUUAAGAUGACAUUUUGUGUUCCUUUGUUUUCAUAUUGUGUCAGUUCUGAGGUAUGUAGAAACUACCUGAUUUAAUAAUUUAAUGAACCUAUUAAAAAAGACACUUUUAAUUCAUUGCGGGAAUCAUAAUUAUAUGUUCAGACCUUGAUUGGUGCUCAGGUCAGCCUUGUGAAAGAAAUUUAAUCUCGCUGGUAUCGAUCAUCAAAUCUUCAGGUCAGCUCUUAGUGACUAAUUCCAUGUUAAACAAAAUGACUUAGAUCAGGAUUCAGUGGAAUAGCAAAGUUGCAAUGCUCUGGAUGAACAGUAGCUCCUGCAUACUUCACCAAGGAGAUGGGCAUCAUGGAAAAGACUGAGGUUGGAAAGUCUUAAAUGAACGUCAGCGAAACGAGGAAUUGGAAUUCAUUGUGUUUCAAGGAGGCAGUUUAUGGAGCAAGAGAGUAUUGGUUUCAUGAUGUUCCCGAAGACGAGCAGAAAAUGGUUUGUGACAUUUGUCUGAGGAAUGAUCCUGGUCAAGGGAUUAUCUUAUCCUGAUACGAGAGAAAUCUAGUAUGUCUUGUUAAAAUCAUACAAAUGAGCUGCCAGGUAAACAACAAGUUGUGGAAUAUGAAAAAAAAAGUCAUGAUGAGGACUAUAGCACUGGAAUUCUUACGAGGCAGCUUGUAUGUUUGAAACCCCAGAAAGAGCUCCGUAUAUUGGGUCAUCUGAAAAGGAAUCCAUCAGAUAUCAAGAGACGGUUGUGUUUGAAAUGCAAACAUGCACCGUGAAGAGGAAUGUGAAACAACCUGGUAAUCGGGUUAUCAAGAUAGGAUCACCUUUAAUAAGGGAAACCCCCUUUUCUUUUCUAGAAGUAAAUGUUUGAGACAGAAGUUAGAUUGUGACAUGUAAACAGGGUUAGCACCAUUCGGAUGUCUUUGAGAAAAGAUGGUUUCUGGCCGUGAGGACGAUGGUGAGACAAGACUGGUAAAGGAGAGACACCAGACAGGCUGCCAGGAGACACAGGCGGCACCAUUGCCACGAUGGGUGACAACGACCUAGGGGUCAAACUCUUCAUCAUAAAACCCAUCUAAUCAGGAACCCAAAUAGCAUGAUACCUCAAUUUGCAAAAAAAAAAAAGUAGUCUUAGGAUGAUAUCUUCUGUUACUUAACUCUACCUGUUUCUGUAAGCAAUGUACGCAGUGCUAGGUAAGCUAUGUAUCUUGUAGUGGAAGGGCCUCCAUUUCUUUGAUUGGUAGUUAAGUAAAUCUUUGAAAGCACAAGUAAUGUGUAAAAGGUAGUUUUAGCUAAAGAAACUUCCAUAACUUUUUACUUUGUAGGUAGCGCCAACAGAACGGCAAGAAUAUCUCAGGUUUUCAAAAAUUAGGAACGUAGCUCAAUCAUUACUAGUCACUGUAUUCAUGUUAGUAUUACUAAUCAAAGCUUAGUGCAAUUAAGAAUAUAAACCUAAAAAGUUAUUAAAUUUCUGUCAAAAUUGAACAUUAUUGUCCUGAACUGCAUCUUGAAGCAAAUUGGCAGGAUGAGAUUGAAAUGGGAAGCUGGAAGAAUGCAACUUUGUGGUCUCCUUUUCUGGUCCAGCUUUUAAGUAAGCUGUGCCUUGAUCUCAGAAAAAGCAAAAAACAAAACAGUAUCAGAAAAUCUGGCAUUUUGUUCACUUCUUACAGUUAUAUGUGGGAUGGAAAAGGGGAAAAGGAAUAAUGUUAUGUAACGGACAAUGCAAUUGAAGGCUGUAAUCUGUACCUACUUGUAAAUAUCAUUUUUGCAGGGUAGUAUACAGUAACUCGGCUGUGACUGUCAACCCAAGGCAGGUGUGGUUGACCAUUGAUAAUUGAGACCUUGAUAUUCUUAGUAGUGUUUGUACAGAUCUCGAGGACUGUGAAAGCAUGCAGGAUCAGGUUGUAUAUUGGGAGAUUCAAAAACGUGUAGCGAAUAGAGAAACAAAGCAUAAAUGUACUGUUUCAUUUUAUACAUAAAGUCUGUAUAUAAAUGUUAUGUGUAUGACAUGUUCAGUAUGAAGAUAUUCAUUUCGCCAUUCUCAAUGUGAUAAUGCUGUACAUAGCGCCACUUGUACAUAAUGGAAUAUUGUAGCCAACCCAUGCUCUAGCCUGUCCUCAUGGUAUAGCGUAUCCUAAAAUAAUUAAUAUUCAAUUGUAUUAAGGCACUCUGAAUGGAUGUGUAUAUAUAUAGAAAUGUUGCUCAUUAUGUUGUUCAUGGCUGAAAAUUAAUGAUUUUGGGGGGACAUUGCGACCAAGGUACCCAGAGUGCUGGAUUGAAAGUUCUAUCGAGUAUGUGAAAUUGCAGCACCCAUAUUUGUUUUGCAUGAAUCUUUAUGGUAUACACAUUACACUGUAUGUGAAUGUAUGUUGUUUAUGCUACCUUAUAUUCUCCUUCUAACCCUCAUUGUGUCAUUCUCAUUGUGGAAAGUAGAGUUUGAGAUUCCUGCUCAAUAGGGGUUGUGCACCACACAUCAUUGUACUGCUCACUGCAUCAGUCAUACUCAGCUAACCAACAGUAACGCAGGUUAGUGUAAACGUGACUUCCGUUAAAAGAAGUGUUUUCAAUGUGACAACGUCAAAAAGGGAGCUUAUACUGAUGUCCAAAGAGAUUGAUUAUUCUUACAAACUCUGCGGCCCAUAUUCUACUAAACAAGGUAAAUCCAGCACUGGCUUUAAUCUUGGUCUGAUUCAUUUUAACCAAGUGAGAAGUUGGACUGCUGUUAUAGUAGUUGUGCUGAACUGCAUCUUGAUGAACGUGUUUCAAGUGCUUGGUUUUUACUAUUCAGGUGUCAGGUGUCACUAGAAACACACUUAAGAUGGAACAGCUGCAGCCUCCUCUUUAGCAACUCUCAUGCUGUGUUAAUCAUGUAAUAAUUACUGUGUACUGGUAUAAAAGUUGAAUCACUCAUUAAAUCAUGGCUAGAUGUUAUAACUGCAGAGAAUAUUAAUCAUAGUUAAAUCAUGGUAUUGUGUAAAAGAAGAAAAACAAAAGGAAAUUGAAAAACCAUUGGGUUUUAUUUGGGGAGGUAAAUAUCCAAUUGCUGGUAUCGCAAAUACUCUUUGUGAUGUAGAGCCUUAUUUAAUUUACAUACUGCUGAGCACAGUAAAGGUAGAGAAUCUUUCCUUUUACUCCUAUUCUUGCUCCUAUUUUCUUUGACUUUCAUUCUCUGAAUCUUCUGUCUGUCUGUCUGUCUGUCUGUCUCUAUCAUAGUAUCAGUCCCUAUCUUUCUGUGUCUCUCUGUCUCUCUCUGUCUACCGUAUCUCUCUCUGACUUUGUCUUUCUGCCUCUCUGUCUGUCUGUGUAUCUCUCUCUCUCUCUCUCUUUGAUUUUAUUUUCCCCGUCCAUCACCUCUGCCAAUGGUAAUAAUCUACCCAACAAUGUUGAAUAUUUCUUCAUGUCAACAUUCUUAACCAAACUGUGGUGAUGCUUUUCUUAUGUAACAGUAGUAGAAGUGUCAAGUACAUAUAAGAUGCAUAUCAUGUUUAUUUUGUUGUGAUUUUGUGAGCUGUAUCAUGUUCUAGGCUAAUAUGAAUGAUUAUGUGAUUCUGGUCUGGCUCUGUUUACAAAAGCGAUUCUAUUGAUGUACCACAUUGUUAAAAGUUCACCUGCAGAAGGGCAUCAAAGCACCUAUAAAACAUUCAUGUGCCUAAUGUCUAUCUGUCACUGGAGGACGCCUUUACAAAAUCUGGGUUGUGUAACACAAAAAUCUGCAAACGAUUGUUAAUUUGAAUCAUCCAUUCUGAUUGGUUCUGGGUCAGAUAUUUAAACAAGAUGUCCAUGCAACAACGUUCUUGAUUGGCUACUGCUACGUUGCGGUUGAUUGCAAAUCUUUGCGUCACACACCUCAGACGUGCAUUUAGUACGUACAUACAUUUAGACCCUCACUGAGGAUAUAAAGAUGAAUCUUACUAAACAAAAGUAUUAGUAAGAUGGAUUUCUUUAAAUCCUCUAUGUUCUACUAUGUGCCCUUGUGCAAGGAGAACUUCUUGAUUCAGUGUGAAUAUGCUCUUGUGAAUGGUAGCCUUGUAAACAUGAUGUUAAAAUUAUAUGUGAAGUAUGUAUUUACCGAUUGAUGAAGGUAAAUACCAUCUUAAUUAGUUUUUGUCCUCUUCCUUGUGAUAAUGAUGCUGCAUGCAAACGGUGUGGAAAGAGAGUAGAUGAAUUUUAAGACAGAAGUGAGACAGACUUAUCUCUCUAUAUUUUAAGAAAUGUUAUUUUUUUAUACAUUAUUCUGAUGUAGACUGGGCGAUUCUCCUUUUAAACAUCAACGGCUGCAUUGAAUAAGUGAAUUAGGUUGGUUUUGCUCUUAAGAGUUUGGUCAACCAUUAAAACAGUGUGUGUGUCCAAUUUUAGUUUUGAUCAAUACAGAAAUACGCAGUCUACUACUGCUAUUUUAAACUUCUACCGCCACAGUCAGUAACAAUGGGGUACUUGGAGAAUGUUGUUCACUUUAUGAUUGUUCUAAAUCGUGGUAUAAAUUUUUAGAAAAGUGAUAUCUACAGCCUUUAUCUUAUAAAUGCUACUUGUUGAAUGGUCUUCUUUUUAAUUCUCAUUUUAAUUCAUAUAAUAUGAGGACCAUUCAUUUGUGUUAAAGUGAAGGUUACUUUGGUUAAUAGCCUCCUAUUGUAAAGUCACUGCUGUGGGACUUAUUAAUGAUUUAAAGUUUUAAGGUUGUUUAUAAUAUGAAUUAAUUUAGAUUCUUUUUGUCUCUGGUUUUGUCAACUCAUUGGCAAAAAGAAGAAGAAGAAGAAGAAAAUAGCCUCCAUCUCUAAACUGCUUUAGGAUCAUAACCUCAGUAAAGGUAAUAUAAUGAAGAAUUCAUUAACGAUUUUCAUGUACACUAUGGAUUAUCUAAGAAAGAAGUUUAUGAAUGUUAUAAACAAGAAACUGAUCAAAUUUUCUCUAUCAAGUGUUAUUGAUUUAAAAAAAAAAGUAUAUCACAUCCUUCGUAAUCCUUUUUAAAAUUUUGGUUAAAGUUAUUAAUCCAGGCCAAAAUGCAGAGUACUUUAACCUAUUGCGUACAGAAACUGGGUGGUCCUUGUAAUAAGCCUAUGGGAGUUUGAGAAUCCAGCAGUUAACAGGUUAAGCUUGUCGGCUGUAUGGAGUUUCAAACUCAGUGAUUGGAGGACAGACCAUUCAAACUUCGUACCAUACUGAUAAAUUGUUUCCUAGUGUUUUAUUCUUGUAUUUUUUAAGGGAUGUGAACAUACAGUCCUACCUAAAUUCCCCCAAAGGAGUAUCAAAACUCUCUUCUUUAAAACGAAGGACCAGAAAGUAUUUUUAUGUUGACCGGAGAGCAGCUGGAAUAACGUUUAAUGAUGAGAGGGCUUAAUUGUGAUGAAAAUGAAACUACGCAGCUGGAAUAUUGGAGCUAUGCACUGGCAUCAGAGCUCUAGAAACAAUAAAAUGCAUAUUUUGCCUUUUUGUUCUUCUUCUCUCGAGAAAGAAAUUACAAGAAAUUUUUUAGCAAGAUUUAGAAUUUACUAUUUUAGAUUUCUUCAUGUUUAGUGUAUUUUUUAAUUUCAAGAUAUUUAAUGAUUCAUUGCUGUAUAAAGGACGAGGUAGUAUUUUGAAUGUUGUGAAUAGUUACCUUAAUUGACCGAUUUGGUUUAUUUUUUGAAGUGACAGUGAUUUUAUUACUGGUUUUCAUCUAUACCUGCUGCACAGGCGCAGGAUUGAUUUCAUAUUGAAGUUGGAUUUGUUGUUAUACAUGUGUGUGUGUUUGGGGGCAAAAUACAAAGGUUGUGAUUGAUUUGCUGUCUGUAUUCAGGGGCCGGAAAGGCAGUCCUUUGUGUAGCCUCUUGAAUGUAUAAUCGCAUGCUUGAUAGCUUAUAAUGCUCGGGAUGUACUCUCUCUCUUUAUGAAAAAUUGUAACGCAUGACUGUUCCAGAAUACCAAAAUACCCCCUUUAUUUUACAAAAAAGAGAUAAUUUUAACAAUGACCCCCUCCUCUCCCAUUUAACACGAAAGCUGAUAAAAUGUAAAUUGCGAAACACCCCUAUUUGAGCAUCUCUAAGAAGAUUCAUGUUUUCAGAAGCCUAAUUUUUUAGUAUUUCUAGGAGGCUCGGGUAUCUACUUCCCUAGAGCACUCAUGAAUUUUGGAUUUCACAUAUCACACAGUGCGGCCUCAAACGGUGAAAAAGGUGUCUCUUAUGAGGGGAUUUUGGACCAGUCAUGCAUACACAAUUUGACAUUGAGUGAGCAACCUAAAGCAGAGUGCCGUAGACCAUACGAGCUUGCAAUUUAUACUUUAGAUACUUGUCUUAUCCUCUGCGCAGCAGAUAUCCAUUCUUUUUUUAAUCAUUGAUGAAUGAUUUUGUUUUAAAGUAGCCGUUGUAUAUUUCACUCAAUAUGUUAGCACAUGUACACAUGGUAGCUGCUGUUUUGUGAUUCAUACAAAGCUUUUUCUUCUUUACAGAAAGAAAAGAUGAAGAAAAAAAAAGAUAAUCUGUGCCAUAGUGUAGGUCGUGUAGUACAUGUACUAGAAGUUUAAGUAUAUAUAUAUAUAUAUAAUGAUACCAAAUCAAAAUUGCGUAAUCGUUAGUAUGUUUAUGUAGAGCUUUAGCAUCGGAGAGCGAUGCGUAUAUGAUCUUUUUAUCUUGGAAAGGUUCAAGGUUGUAUCUCUAGAUAGUAAAGGAAUAAUCAUUGGUGAGCUUAGAGAAUGGACAGCGAUUUAAAAAAAAAAGGAAAAAAAUAUGUAUUCAUGUAUCAAAUGUACAAAGAAUUAUUGACUUUCAUUUUAGAUAGCUUUGUGUGUUCUGUCCAUAUCUUGGCACUAUGGACCAUUCUAAGAACGUGUACUGGCUUUAGAAUGUUUAAAUGGUAGCAUGCAUUGUAUAAACAAAGACGAUCUGUAUACCGCAUUUGUUAUUGACAUGUACAUACACUAUGUGUACCGGUACCUUUCAUUACCUCUCUUUGUGUACCAACUAUGACGACGAUGAUGUCAAGAGUUCAAAAUUUACCUGUUGGAGUUAGUCAGUGUUAAUUCAAGCAAGGGUAGGGGAAGGGGGUCGUAUUUGGCACAAAAGUUGUUGAUUGCUGAAUAAUUGAAUCUAAUGGGCAUUUUAGUUCCAAGUAUAUUAAUAUUUUCAGGAUGAUUUGGUAAAAUACAGGUGUUCAUGUUUAUCUUUUAGUCAGGUCCUAAAGAGCCAUUUUUGUUGUUGGGAGUAUGCAUUCAGGUUUUUAUCAAAAUGUAGUUUAUUUUAUCAUGAGUUUACAUCAAUUGAUUCAUAAGAAAGCAUUUCAGUUUAGUAAGGUCCUGGGAAGCCACUUUUGUUUGUUGAAGUAUAGAGUAUGCAUUCAGGUUUUUAUCAAAUUGUAGUUUUAUUUUGUAAUGAUUUCACAUAAAUUGAUUCGUAAGAAAGCAUUACAGUAAAGGAGUAAGCUCAUGAUUUUGUUUACCAAUUGUCAAUGUUGUCAUUAAACUUGUCAUUGUUGUUUGUGUGUUCAGCACAUUGUGUAAACACUAUGUAUUUUUGUAUCCUGUUUAUCGCUGUGUGUUGCAAUGGUAUCGUCCAAUAAACGAUUCACUCAUGUUAUGAAA